UGGAAGUGCAUCCGGCCUUCCCCGGCCGAGAGAAGUUGUUGUGGCUAAGUGGGAGAGAUCGCUCUGAUUGUGCGUUGUCUUCGCAACGGACUUGAACGCUACACGAUCUCGAAAGCCUAGGACUCCGGCGACCCCACUCUGCUGCGUCAUGGCAGUCCCAGGUUGCAACAAGGACAAUGUCAGAGCAGGCUGCAGAAAAUGUGGCUACCCUGGUCAUCUGACAUUUGAGUGCCGCAACUUUCUCCGGGUAGACCCCAAAAGGGACAUUGUAUUGGAUGUCAGCAGCACAAGUAGUGAGGACAGUGAUGAAGAGAAUGAAGAACUGAGCAGACUGCAGGCCCUGCAGGAGAAAAGAAUAAAUGAAGAAGAGGAGAAGAAAAAGGAAAAGAGCAAGGAGAAAAUUAAAUUGAAAAAAAAGAGGAAAAGGUCUGACUCCAGCUCCGCCGAAGAGGACUCUUCGAAACAGAAGAGACAAAAGUAUCAGAGAAAAGAAAAGAAAAAGGAGAAAAAAAACAAAUCAAAAAAAGGAAAACACCACAAAAAGGAAAAGAAGAAGAGAAAAAAGGAAAAGCGCUCUUCCCUUAGCCGUUCUGAAUUCACCAAAAAGUAACUGAGUCUUUGGCCUCACUCAGGAAACUGAAGAAUUCAAUUUUUUUUUUUUUCAAUUAUUGUACCUUCCUUGGAAUUGCUAUAUAAUUAUACUUCGCGGCAAAUCCCAGCCUCUUCCAUAAAGACAUUUUCACAGGUUGGGGCCCUUAUCUCUCUGCCUGUCUGUAUUAAAUCCAUCUUCUUACUUGACAGCUGUGCCUCAAGUAUAGAUAUGUGUACAUACAAAGCACACCAUUUUGGCUAUUUGUGUCUGUGUGUGUUAGACUAGGGCUGUUGCUUAGUCAGUUAACUAGCACAUGGCUUUACUGCAGUCAAACAAUCUACACAGCAGCUCCUGUGUCUUGUCUGCCCUCGGUGGUGAAGCUACUUUGGUGGCAGUGACUUGCUCUUGAUACUUAAUAGCUUUAUGUCCUCUGUAAUGGUAUGAAGAUAGUGAGGUUCUUCAAUGUUGUUUUUAAAGUUUAGGCUUUUUAAAUAAUAUCAUUAAUGAGAAAACUGCUUUAAUGACCUUAACUAGUAAGUUUUUAAACAAACAGGAGCUACAGGAAGAUAAUAAUGAAAGUAUUUAUAGCAAAGUCAUUGUUUUAUGAAAUGCAUGUUUUUAGCACUUGCCUCAUGUUUUUAUAACAAUUAAAAUAUCCCCUUUUUAAAGAGAAUCACUUAGCUUACUAGAAGGUCUGGCAGGGAGAUUCUGUGCUGGUCAGGAUUAUUAGGGUAGGCCCUGGGUUGAUUUACCAAUGUGCCAUAUUGGCAUGUCUUACAGUGAUACCUCAAACAGAACUUUUUGUGUGGAAACAGCAAAAUCCUCAUUAAACCUGAUUUUUAUUAUAUCUAAUGUGUAUGAUGCUUGCAUGAAUGAAUAUUAUGGCAGUUUUUAUAAAUGUUUGCAUAUUUGUUUAUUUUUUUGAAAAGCUUUUGGCGUGAGUUUCACACUGAACUUCUGGCUUCACAGAUAAUCAAUGUUAAUAUUUCCUCUUUCGCUUCAGUUACAUCUUAGCAGCACUGUGAAAAAUUUUUAAUUAAGAUUUCUAUUCUAUACUUUUUUAAAUUAAAAGGUAGCAUCGUGAAAGCCUUUGUAUAAUAAUGAAAUUUGUAUAUGAAUAAGAUUUUCAAUGACAUAUUAGUAGAUUUAAAUGUUUCUUACAUUUUUAUUUUCAUGGUAGUUUAACAUGUAGUAUUCUCUAAUCUCAACGAAUUAACUCAUUCUGCCAUAAAAGCAUUGAGAACCAACCUGUUAGCAUAGAGCAGCACCAAAGUUUCUAAGUUACCUUGCUAUGGUGCACUUACACAUCUUAAAAUUGGUAAGUAGAGACAUAGCUGCGGACCAUUUGUGGCCAUAAGAUCAGAUGUGUACACUUGGCCUUGCGUGCUGGAGAGCUUUACCAAGUCUUCCCUUACCCAGCACCCAUGCUGCCAUUCUCUGGCCGACUCCCGUAAUGUACCCUCACCUCUGCUCAGAUUCCACAAAAGCUACACCCACACCCUUCCCCAACAGUGCUUCCAUGAAACGUGCACAACUUCAGCUUUUUUUCAUUUUAAACUUUAAAAAGAAAUAGCAAACACUGCAGAAAUAAAUGGCCUUGUCCCAUUGCGUGUGUUACAUUGUUAGAAAUGACAGCAGUUGUAAAUGAAGAGUUCAUCAAAAUUGUAAGUUUUAUUUCUGUUAAUUGUAAGAAAAUGUAAGUUGACCUUUAAUGGUUUUUUCCCCCUUGGGUUGUGACACAGCUAAUCAUUCAGAAGUGUUAUAUAUAAUCAGCCCCCUCACUCAGUAAUCUACAGAAAAGAAAAUAUUUUAAUGGACCAGUCAUUUUCCCUCAGAAGUAAUCUUAACAUUAUUAAUGUCCCUAUCACAUUAAUAUUAAUAAUUAUGAGGUAUCUCAUCUGAGUAAAAGACAUUCCUUUUUUACGAAAGAAAGAAAUUGUUGUUACUGCAAUGAGAGGCAAAUCUCAUAAACACCUUCUAGGAAUAGUCAUGAAAUUUCUUUUUAGGCACUGAGACACAGAAAGCAAACUUCAUUUAGUAUUAACAGUCCAGAAGUGCCAGUAUGGUAGUCCUGUGCAGCCUGAGCCUGUACCGCCUUCGCCACACUCCAUCUCCCAUCCCCCUCCGGGCAGCCUUUGGCCAUACCACCCUGAGCACAUCUAUCCCAAACUCCCUGUGUCACCCACACCAAAGUCAUUUAUCCUCUGGGGCCUUGGUGGCUUUUGCGCAUGAAACCUCAGAUCAGUUCUAGCCCUUAAUGUAUCUACUCAUAGAUAAUAUUUCAGUGAGAUUCAGAUAAUAUUCUUUUUAGCAAGUAUUACAGACACAGCCAGCAUUUCUGUGAAGGUUGAAUGUAUUAUUAUGAGUGCUAAACAUACUAACUUUCAUAGAUAAAUGGUAUCCGCUUAGUUAUAUUUCAUUUUCAUCAAAUGCAGACAGAAUUUGCGUGUAGAUUUCUGUCUGUAGCUAAAUUAUCCAAACACUUUGAAGCUAUUGCUUUCAAGCUGACAAGCCUGCUCCUAGGCUUCCCCAUUCUUUAUUUUAUUUUCAUGUCUGUUGUCUAGAAAUUCUCAAGGGUUUUUGUUUGUUUGUUUUUUCUUAGUUUCUCACAUUUAGCACAUCUCUUACUCCUGUAGCUCUUGGAGAACAGGGUGUUGAUAAGUGACAACUUGGGCAACUGUGUGUGCACCUGUAUUUAUGACAGUCUAAAGUUAGAAGGUUCUAGGUUACUGUCAGCCUUCUUACUACUAGCUGUAGUCUGUGCCUGUCUGCUUCCCUGAAGAGCCCACCGUCCAGCCCGUAGGAGUACGUUUAGAACUGUAUCCACGCAAGUAACAGACCUGAAGAUUCCUGUGAAGAAACACAGAUGCGGCCUGACUUAGUUGGCAGCGCUGAGAGGGCCCGCUGAGAGGACAAAACACCUGGAUUGUCCGGUAUUAAAGUUAAGAGGAAUCGGGCCCUACCUGACGAGUGAAUGCUGGGAAGACAGCAGUGGCCUAGAAAUGAGCUGUGUGCCUGAAAGAAUGGAAGCUUGGCAUGGCUGGUGUCUGUGUAAGCCCCUGGGUGUAAAAGCCAACACACCAUUUCAGGCUCCUGGUGACCAAGAGGAGGACUUGGACGCCAUGUUUGGGAACAGACGUUUUUACUCUCUUGGUCUUGAGAUGUUACAGUUUUAAGGAGGGAAAUGGCUUUUACUCAGGUUUGAUCUCAUCUGUUUCAUAAUCCUGUUCUAUACUGUUUUUUUUCUAUACUUUUUAAAAGAUGAAGUUGCUGUCAUUAAAAGUCAUUAAAGAUAAUUUUAGCAUUUUA